UCGCUCACCGUUUGUGGUUUCAUGUCUGCAGUGCCCUUAAAGACAGUCGCUUCCCCCCUAUGACAAGGGAUGAGCUGCCUCGCCUCUUCUGCUCAGUGUCUCUUCUCACCAACUUUGAAGACGUCGGUGAUUACCUUGACUGGGAGGUGGGUGUCCACGGUAUAAGGAUAGAGUUUUUCAAUGAAAAAGGAUCAAAGCGCACCGCCACCUACCUACCAGAGGUUGCAAAGGAGCAAGGUUGGGACCACAUUCAAACCAUAGAUUCCUUACUACGAAAGGGAGGUUACAAAGCUCCCAUCACAAAUGACUUCAGGAAGACCAUUAAGUUAACCAGCACAUCUGCCGAUGGGAUGGGGUCAGAUGCCAGCUGAGGAGUUUUGACCAGG